CAGGGACUCUUGGUCCUGCUGUCGAGCCUCAGGAAAUGGCUUCCCUCUCAGAAUACGCCCUGCGCAUGAGUCGUCUGAGUGCCCGGCUGUUCGGUGAAGUUGCCAGGCCCACUGACUCCAAAUCCAUGAAGGUGGUAAAACUAUUUAGUGAGCAGCCUCUGGCCAAGAGGAAGGAGACCUACAACUGGUAUCCAGAUCACAACACUUACUUUGCCCUGAUGGGGACGCUACGAUUUUUUGGCCUCUACAGAGAUGAACACCAGGAUUUUAAGGAUGAGCAGUUACGUCUAAAGAAGCUUCGUGGAAAGGGGAAACCAAGGAAAGGAGAAGGGAAAAGAGCAGCGAAAAAGAAAUAGUGUUUGUCCAUUAGGAAAGGGAAUCUCUUCCUCGGUGACGGAGCACAGAUGCAAGACUGUUGCUUAUCUUCCCACAUAUUGGAGGAUGAUUAGCCUCCCGACUUGAAGAUGAUGUGUGGCAUAUCACAGUUACCUCCAUGCUGAAGUCUAAUCCUGUUGAACUGUGACGGGUUUCUUGAACACAUUCUAAUUUAGCAGAAUAUUUUGGCCUUGGUUUUAUAAUCGGAGGCUUACUUCAUUCUCUUAAGAAAUGAGUGUGUAAAUCAUUCUUUAAUGACUUGUUUUGGGAGGGGAAGGGAUGUUGGGGGAACUUAUUAAAUGAACAUCUUGUAGUCUCA